AAUCAUCUAGCAGAAGAAACACACAACAAAGGUGGGCAGACAGGAUGCGGAGGUUGAUGUGCGAUGACAACAAUUGAGCGCCAUUGGUCAAUCUCAAAGGAAGAGGCGGGUCGGUAAAAGCCUGAUUUGUGAUUGGACGAUGGAUGGCUUCCGAAAACAGCCGAAGGAUGACUAGUAAACCCGAACGGGGAUGAUCAGCUGACAGUGAGGCUACACUGCUCGUUCCUCAUUCCUGGCUUCCUCAAAGCUUCGAACGGAGAAGAAUACCCGAUUCUGACAUUCCCACCGACUCGCCAGCACGGUCAUGCCGUCGCUUCUUUUCUGCGGGCCGAAGAUGGCCGCGUGCGGGAUCGUCAUUAGCAUCUGGGGGGUGAUCAUGCUGGCUAUGCUGGGCAUCUUCUUCAGCACCAAGUCUGCCGUGCUGAUUGAGGACGUCCCGUUCACUGAGGACGACAUCUUUAAAGAUCAAAACCCCCCUCAGAACAUCUACAGCCUCUACAACCAGGUGGGCAUCAACUGCUUCAUCGCCGCCGCCGUUUAUGUGGCCGUGGGCGCCGUCUCGCUCUGCCAGGUGCGCCUCAACAAGCGACAGGAGUACAUGGUGACAUAAGGAAACGCACCAACUCCUCGGCCGGAGUUUUGGCACCACAUACCCAUCCUUCACCCCCCCCAGUCUGAUGUUCAAGUGAUGAAGAUGAAGUAACGGGCAGUCAGGAGUUCCCCGUUUAUUUAUUAGGAAUCUAAAUGUUGUUGUUGUUGUGCGUGGACACAUCCCAUCAUUCCCGUGAAGCCGAAGCUUGGACAAAACAUUCCUCAGCUACUGCGGGGACGGCGGCGCUAUGUCUUCCUCCCUGCUGCUCUCUGCAAACCUUCACCCUGUUAUGCGUGUUUAAGUGAUGACCGGUUUGUUGGGCUUGUCUGCAAUAAAGCGUGUUUGUGAAAGUU